GUGACUUAUCUUGAACUUGUCUAAUUAAUUACUUGAAACAUGUCCUUUAAUAAGUAAUAUAUAUAAUACAAAAACUGAAGCUGACUUGCUGUUUUGCUAUAACAUUAUAAGUAACCAUUGGAUGUUGACUGUUGUCAAUCCGGAGGAAGAAACUAUCUAUUUCAUGGAUCCAUUAAGGCGUCGACUAGUUGGUGGAGAAUGGCAGACUGUUGUGGAAAAUGGGAUCAAAAUUUACAAUGCUCAGAGGAAUAGGUCUGGCCGGAAAUCAAUAGUGUGGCAAAACAUGGGGGGUAUUCCAGCACAACAAAAUGUGAAGGACUGUGGCAUAUUCAUCAUGCGGUACAUGAAGGAAAUAAUUGAGGAUAAGAACCUGAGUUUUGCUUCAAAGUGGCAGCGACGAUCCGAAUUGAUUUACACCCAAAAGGAUAUUGAUGCUGUGAGGUCAGAGUGGGCUAAGUAUAUGAUGAAGUAUCAUAUUUCAUAGUUAUGAGGGUUGGUGAAGGCAGGGCUAUUUUUUGGUAUUUUGAUC